UAAAAAGCUGGCGUGGGAGACAGAGUUUCAUGGUGCAUGUUUGGUGAAGAACAAGAAGUUCAUUUGUGCUUGUGUUGGUCAGUUGGAUUGGUUUGCUAGUAGCCAAGCUAGCUUUAGACACCAACACAUCAGCAGCUAUGGCUUUCAAGUUGAUUUACAGUGUGGUGUUACUCCUGUCCUUAUGGUCCACUGGAGGAUGUGACUUCUUUAUGGAAGGGGAUCUUCAAAUGGAGUGUCAUGAUCGUUAUUUCAUGAUAGCUGUUGACCUUGCAGCCACUGGAGGUCCUCGCUUUGAGGCUGUUGAUGGAACAGGCACAUAUGCCAUCACUGAGGAUUAUGCAGCAAAGUGUGGUUACAGUAUCAAUGUCUUCUCUUUACUGGGCCUUGUAGAGUUCAGAGCAUCUUACUUCAGCUGUCACACUGAGAAGGAUGACGGCUUCUCGUUCAGAUUUAACCUGUUAACGACCUACGAUGGGGAAGAUGCCUAUUAUGCACUCAAUAAGACCUGUUCUCCCCCUCUACCUUGGUCACCCAGAGAGGUUACCUGUGAGGUCAACUACAUGGAGGUAUCCGUAAGGAGUGAACUUCCCUGUCCAGCUGGGUUUAGUGAUGACUGGAGCACUCUUGAACCUCUGUACAGUGCCUCAACCCAAGGCUGGCAGGUGACCUUUCAAAACCUAGAUGAGCAGUUGCCACCCAUGAACCUGUCUAAAGCUCGCAGGGAGGGCUAUGUAUUUGACCUUGCCCAUGACAGGAUUGUAUUUCGUACACCGUAUGGUCAACCAGAAUCCUACAGCACUGAGGUGAACGGGGUUCCAGUAGAGGUGGUCCAUGCAACUGUGUUCUUGCGUCAAAGCUGGGUGGCGAUUAUGAUUGACAUGAUUGCUUCUUGCUCCAUGGAUGCAGGGUCAUACCACAGUGGCUACAUGAUCUGGGACACUCCAGAAGCACUCUAUCCCAGUCUUGUUGACACACAGAUUAGUCUUGGACUAAAUGGUAAACUUGUGGAGCAGGCUGCUGCGGAGCAAAAAGGGUUUAUUAUGGCAAGGUAUAACUCGACAGUUCAAAUUAGGAUCCCUUAUAAUGCUGAAGGAGGCUACAGGAAGAGCUUUGUGAGCAAUGGCAUCUAUGAGUUCUACAUCUUCAACCUCUACUUGAAGCAAACUUCAGUGGAUGAACGCCAUGAAGAGACUGCACUGUGGUUUCACAGGACUCUUGAGACACCCCUGUUGCCAUCUUCACUUUUCACUGAAGAUCAAACUGAUGUGGCUGAAGGAGCAUUUACAGUUUAUCUGGGCAAAGUUCCCAGAGAUGUUGAGCUGACCUCCCUCCAGCUGAAUGGGCAGGAAUUUGAAGUGCCCUUCAGUGACGCCAAUACAUACACCCUGACAGAAGUCAGUCAUCCCAACAAAACUCACAGCUACACUCUGAAAGUGCCAUUGCAUGACAAAAUUGUCUUUCAAGAGUUCUCCAAAGAGAAUGGAGCCAUGUUGCACAAACUGGACAUUAACUACACCCUGAAAGCCAUACCUGGAAUUGACCCAUACUACUACACUGUCUCAGUCAAAGCACUAAUGGCUGUCUCUCCUCCAUCUUUUGAUGCUGGAUGUACAGCAUCUGGGAUUGACUUCAAGUUGGCUUAUCGUUCUUUUGACUACCUGUGGGACAUCAGCAUUGGCUCAGACCGGCUGACACCGGCACUGGCAGCCGAGCAUGGGUACACCAUGAGUAAUGACAGCCACAGUCUGCUGCUCAGUGUACCACUGUUCACACAUGGCUACAAAUACCAGGAUAUUACUCUGAAAGGCUUUCUUGGGACCUUUACAAUCCUUGUGAGGGAUCAUGACACAUCAGAAGUCAAGACUUCCACCAUCAAGACAUGCUUGUUUAAUACCACAGAGCUACUUGUAUGUUCAACUAAUGGGUGGAUGACUUUGGUGGCUGAUCUGGCUGAGCUCCUUGACAUUGAUGAGAUCCCAGCAAUUCAUCUAAUGAACAGCCUCUGUGUACCCAAAGAAGUAGAUGGCACACGAGUGCUCUUCUCAUUCCCGCUCCACAGUUGUGGCUCUGUAGUUGAGCUCUCAAAGGAAGGUGUGACCUAUCAAAACAAGAUUUACUUUGCUCGUUCUGAGACUGUCACUUUAGGGAUGAUUGUGCAAUGUAUAUACCCUCUAGCUAGUCUCCAACAACCUUUCUCAAUUCAUAAAUUUGAAUCUGACAAUGACGGUUUUGGCAACGUAAUCCUCUUUGUGAUGCCCACAAACGAUGAAGAAACUCACACUACUACUGAAAUGACAACCACAGUUGCUCCCAAAAGAACCAAAACUCCCAGCUUGCACCUACCUUCCUUCUACCCCACUGCUCGCUAUGACAAAGUUUACAGGGUUCAGAACAAACUUUCUUACUUGAAGAAAGGGACUAAAGAAACCAUGCAAGAAAUGGGGUUUCCUCACUUUUAAGGAUUAAUGCAGAAUUUUAAAUCUUGAAUUCAAUGGAGAUUCUUCUACUGGAUGGCUGGUUUAGUCGAAGCUUUGUGUGAAUUGCUUUUUAUUUUUUUCUUAAGUUUAAAAGAUGCCUUGAAGUACCAUGAUCUGGGUUUGUUGUGGACCUUUGCUUUUGGUUUGGCAAGAAAGGGACCUGCACAUUGGCUGGCUGUAUAGAUAGAUUUGCUGAAGUAAAUUUUAUGACAGUUGUGGAAAAUUUAACUUGACUGGUGCAUACGUUUCUAUAUUUUACUGUAAAUGCCAAAUUAAAGCUGCAACUUGAUGCAUAUUUUAAUUAAA